UGCUGCUGGGUUCACGCACGCACACACACACACACACACAUUACAGUCCAUGCUAAUGCCGCGGGUCCGGCGGCUCAGCUGGAAUGAAGCCGCGUCGUCGCUGUGCGCUCUCGCUCCGCGCUGCCUCGUCGUCCCCGCAGACGAUGGUGUGUGUUGGAUAGUUUCUUUGUUUUCUUUGUUCCUCGGCGAAGAAUCUGAGAAUCAGCGGGCUCCUUGCUAGAGAUGACAGAAGUAGAGCCUGUGUUGGACUUUGCCUCCUCUGGACGCUCGGGGAGGAGAAACGCUCUGCCCGACAUCCUGGGCUCUCCGGCAGGCGUGAACCCUGGAGACCUGCCUCUGAAACUGGCUGAGCUCUCCCUUAAAGAUGGUCCGGGAGCAGCACAGUCACCUACGUUGGAGCAGCCUCCAGCGCCGCAGGAGAGCUCAGAGGAGAAGGAGGGAUCGUAGGGAUGAGUUCAUUUACCUCCCCAGAAACCUGCAGAGAUAACCUGAGGAAUGGAGCUGGAUGAUCUGUGGAGAGUCAGUGUGUUUGAGGAGCAGCUGAGCCACAGAGGGAAAGAGCUGCUGGAGCGACUGAGACCAGCGUGAUGAGACUCUUUGGGACUAAAAAGAUACGCAGUGAUGAAGUGAGUGUGUGCGUAUCACUGUGGACUCUGUGUGUGUGUGUGUGUGUGUGUGUGUGUGUGUGAGAAUCAAAAUGACUGUGACAGACUGGAUAACUGUUCACUACUAUUUUUGUAUGAUGUAAUGAAAACUAAAGAAAAACACUUUGAAAUGUAAAAUAUCUUUGCAUUUGCUGCUGAUUUGUGUUUUGAAGUGACAUGAUGUCAGCAGGACGAGGGUUUGACAGCAGCUCAGACUUAAAGCUUUUCAGGAUGCAAAAUGGUACGUUUGACACAAAACAAAAAAAAGUUUGUUGUAGGCUUACACUUCAUCCACAUGGUAACUGUACAGUUUUUAACUCGACUUGCUCAGACUGUUUAGAUCCUUACAACAACUGUGUCCUUAUGGUGCAGGAUGAUACUGUACCAUGAAUCAGCCGUUCAUCUCUUGAGACAUUCUUGUAGAGAAUAGUAACCCACUGCCAACAAGGUACACACUCUACUGUGUGUUUGUAGAAAGCUGCUCUGUCCAAACCUUUGAACAUGUGAGUUUACAUCCUCAAACAUUCCAAAAAGUGACGUACCAUUAUCUAAUGUUAUGGGCUCAGUUCUAAUAGGAGGAAACAAACUGUCAAUCAAAGAUAAAAACACUUUUGUAACGUUCUGCAGAUCCUACAGGAGGAUCAAGAGAACUUCAGCAGGGCUUUUCUUCUUCUUCUUCUUCUUCUUCUUCUUCUUCUUCUUCUUGUUACGUGGUGUAGCGUAUGUCUGCUGUCUGAGCAACACAAUGUGUUCCCAAAAUGGCAGCAUGUGCUCCUUCUGCCUCGCCAGUGUGUUCACACUCAUCAACACAUGAGCAGAGCUGUGAAGAUGGAGAGCGAGAACGGCAGCGAGAGGCCACAGUUUGCUGUAUAUAUAUCUGUGUUGUAGUGUAAUCCCUGUGUCAUACAUGCACCUGUAUGAUCAAUCACACACUGUACCUGAGAACAAAUGCUGCUCUGUGACUGUGUGCGAUGGCCGUGUCUUUGUGUGGAUGUGUUUCACAGAUACAGCCUGCUGCUGCUGUGCUGCUGCUGCUGCUGCUGUGCUGCUGCUGUGCUGCUGCUGCUGCUGCUGCUGCUGCUGCUGCUGCACUUUAGUCGUGAGGGUGAGGUGUUGGUGUUGAUGUACUCUGCCGUGUCCUGAUCUCUAAGUGGUGCGUAUAUUUUACUGAGCUGGAUUGAAUCUUUUGUGUUGAUUCUCUCCGGUGGUGAAAACUGCCAUAUUAAACCCACAAACCUGU